ACAAUGGCCGGAGCUGGGCCAGGCUGAAACCAGGAGCCAGGAGCUUCUUCCAGGUGCACCUACACAGGCACCUGGGCCAUCUUCUGCUUUCCCAGCCAUAGCAGAGUGGAGCAGCAGGGUCUCAAACCAUAAGGGAUGCCAGCGCUGCAGGCAGUGGCUUCCUCCGCUGCGCCACAGCGCCAGCCCCCAGCUUUUAAAUGUCUGUUGUUUUAUUUGAGAGGUAGGGCAGCGAGCAGUAAGAUAGUUCCGGUUUAUGGUUUGCUCCCUAAAUGUCCACAGCAGCCAGGGCUGGGCCAGGCCAAAGCCGGAGCCCAGAACUCAGUCUGGUCUCCCAGGGGUGGAGAGGCCCAAGCACUGGGGCCAUCACUGCUGCCUCCAGGGUUUGCAUUAGCAGGAAGCUGGGACUGGAAGUGCAGCUGGGAUUUCAACCCAGGCAAUGUGGGAUUGUUACCCGCUGUGUGCCGUGUGGGUUACCUGCUGUGUGCCGUGUGGGAUUGUUACCGGCUGUGUGCCGUGUGGGAUUGUUACCGGCUGUGUGCCGUGUGGGAUUGUUACCUGCUGUGUGCCGUGUGGGGUUGUUACCGGCUGUGUGCCGUGUGGGAUUGUUACCUGCUGUGUGCCGUGUGGGGUUGUUACCUGCUGUAUGCCGUGUGGGUUACCCGCUGUGUGCCCUGUGGGAUUGUUACCUGCUGUGUGCCGUGUGGGAUUGUUACCUGCUGUGUGCCGUGUGGGGUUGUUACCUGCUGUGUGCCGUGUGGGUAACAACCUGCUGUGUGCCGUGUGGGGUUGUUACCUGCUGUGUGCCGUGUGGGGUUGUUACCUGCUGUGUGCCGUGUGGGUAACAACCUGCUGUGUGCCGUGUGGGGUUGUUACCUGCUGUGUGCCGUGUGGGGUUGUUACCCGCUGUGUGCCGUGUGGGGUUGUUACCUGCUGUGUGCUGUGUGGGAUUGUUACCUGCUGUGUGCCGUGUGGGAUUGUUACCGGCUGUGUGCCGUAUGGGAUUGUUACCUGCUGUGUGCCGUAUGGGAUUGUUACCUGCUGUGUGCCGUGUGGGAUUGUUACCUGCUGUGUUUUGACAGCUGCUCUUUCUGGGAUACAGACUGUGGCUUCAGUAUGUCUGACCUGUUUGGAACGGACUUGGGUAGUGUGGACAUCAUUGGAGUCCAUUGGCCAGCUUCACUGGGACCUUGGUUGGUCCCACAGCUUCCCCAGCCCUGCCCCACCCAGGCCAGGAGAUCCAGGGCCACCGCUAAGCACAGACUUAGGCCCAAAGACCACAAGAGCCUCCCUGCCCUUUUGUCCCACGUCCUGGGGUGGCCCCAAGAACCAGCCUUGGCAUUGCACACACCAUUGAUUGCCCAUGUGGCUGCCCGGUGGGUGCAGGAGGAGCUGAGGUGGGGAGAGCCCAGGUACCCCGUGGUCAAGGUGGGAGUAGCUGGGUCCAGGGAGAGAGAGAUCCCAAGACCAAGAAGCCAGACGAGGUGAAGCAGGAGGUCCUGGCGGGUGGUCUGGCACACCUGCACGGUGCUGGCAUGGUUUGUGUGCGGGCUGUCCCUUUAAGCCCUCACUGCACCUGGCCUUGGACCGCUCCCUUGGGAGAAGCCUCAGGCUGGGCGUAGCCACUGUGCCAAGUCCUCUGCCACUGGCUGGGGCAGGUGGGGGCAGUGGGAACCACCUCUGCAGCUCCAGUCAGACCCAGACGCGUGCACCUCGGCCGCUGCGUGUCGCCUGUGCCGGGCCUGCUGGCCAGGAUCUGCCUGACCUCGUUCCGACGCCAGCCCCGUGUGGCAGCUCUGGCUCUUGGUGUCUGUAUGAGCAGACAAGCUUGGGAAGGCAGCAGAUUCCAUGGAGGCUUGGGCGGGGCGGAGGCAGGAUUUGAACAAGAGCUAUUGGGUCCUUUUUUUUUUUAAAAAGAGAUUUAUUUAAAAGGCAGAUGUUAUGUGUAUUUCUGUUAGGCCGUCACAAAACACACCAAGCACCAGAAUAAGGGCCAGGGUUUAUUGGGAAAAAGCCAGCAGGUUGGAGGGAAGGGGCGGAGAAUGCAAAAGAGAGAGAAGACAGAGAGAGGAGAGAAGAGCCAAGGAACAGGUCCUUUUAAAACUUUGCCGGAGGGUGGGCAAGGAAG